GGACCACAGUUGAAGGGAAAAAUCCGAUUGGUUUGAUCAGUGGCGACUGCCUGUCCAACACAGCCGUCAUUAGUUGUGAAACGAUGCAACUUCUUCCGGACGCUGUCGGUUCCAGGGACUUGUUUCUAGAGAUGUUGACCCCCGUGGUAUCCUAUGGCAAGGAGUUUAUUACGGUGGUGAUUACCCGGAUUUCGCCGAUGUUUAACAUGGUCAUCUCGUCAGAGGACGCCACAACUAUCACAAUCUCUGAGGGUGGUGGAUCCAAAUAUCCUCCGGUCUUCCUGGCCAAAGCUGGGGAUUCUGCUGUUCUCCCCUUUCAAGAUUCGCGCGCCUUCAGUAGUAAUAAACCCAUACAGGCUUUCUUCUUUCAAGCAAGCGCUUGCCGAUAUCCCAGUCAACGUAGAGUUAUAGAGGCGGAAGGAGACGGCUCCUUAAGCAAUCUGGUUGCUAAUAAUUUGUUUUAUGACAGCUAUAUAUGGAGCACACCAUUUUCAAAACAAAUGACACCCAAUAAUUAUUUUGUUGCGGUUGUAAGAAGAGAAGAUUUAAUGUUUUUACGUUUCGAUAACACAGAACUAAAUGAGACGACCAUCACCCCUGUGCACGGCGCUGAUUACGUCGUGGUCAACAGGAACAUCACCCAAGGCUCACACAAUCUGUACGGAGUGAAAGCCGUCUAUUUUGGCUGUUACAUUUACGGACUGGCUAGGUACUACAGCUACAUGAACCCUGCGGGGUACAUUUCGGCGGAGAUCAACAAGAAAUGCGUGCCGAAUUAUGAAAUGCAACCAGGGGACUUAACCGACAACGAUUGUGACGGGUUAAUAGAUGAAGAGGUUGUCAACGGUCGAGAUGAUGACAACGACAAACGGAUAGAUGAGGACGUGGGUAAACCACCUAGAACUGACGGACAAUGGAGUCACUGGAGUGAGUGGGAGUGUGUACUGGAGUGUGGCAAAUACGGACACACACGCAGAAGGGCGUGCGACAACCCACCUCCAACUAACGACGGAGACAAUUGCGAGGGAGAAUCUUUCCUUCGCAAAGAUUCCAACUGCGGCAAGAAUCUCACCUGCCCUUCAGACUGCGGCUUUCAUCGUUGGUUCUGGGGCUGCACGAGGUCGUGUGAGAACUGUGAUGGGGACUGUGACAAGUUUACCGGGACCUGUGCCAAGUGUAAGACGGGAUAUGGAUCGCCAGAACUCUCGUGCAGCCAGUUUUGCCCAGCAUACACAUUUGGCGCCAACUGUUUGGGGAGGUGCAUGGAGAAAUGUGGGACUGAAUGUUUGGAUAAAUUUUUAGGAACUUGCCCACCCAGCGAAGUCAAUAACAGAAAGUAUCUAUGGUGGCUGACGUUACUCAUUCCGAUUGUCGGAUUUUUCCUGUAUAUCGUAAGUUUAAAGCCCGUAGACGCAAUCUGUGAGGAAGAAGAAGGCUACUAUCCGUUUGACAUCACUGAGGCAGCAGCGCCUACCAUUGAGCUCCACAUGUAACUGUUGAGUUCCAUCGUCUCGUAACACAACAUACAGUCACUAGAGACCUCGAGAAGUUACGCUGGAUUUCGUUUUACAAGUCUAUGUCAUUGUGUAUAUACAUA